CUCUGAGUGCUUCGUUUCAUUGUGUGCCAUUGUUCCCAAUAACAGCGGAUCCUCUGCAAUCAUCCCCAUCUCCACCUCGCUCAUCUGCCUUCCUUCGGGAGGAGCUGGAGAAGCCAGCUGCACAGAGGGGAAAUACCUGGAGGAUAAUGACCUAAAGGCCUUUGUCAUUUUGCAGAAUUUGUUUUACCAAAGACUGUGCAAUAAAGAUAGUUCAGCUCAGGGUGUUACUUUUGGUGUUGGGUAGAAGAUGAGGAAACACCGGAUGUUAGCGCUGUGCGCUCUUCUGGGGCGUACUUUCUGCAGGACUGCUGCCCAAACUUGACGCUCAAGAGGAAGCACAAGAGUCAGCUGACCUUGUACUCUUAAUUGACGGAUCUGAGAAUGUUGGAGCGGCCAACUUCCCCCGUGUGCGCGAUUUGGCUAUGAAAGUCAUUGAGGGCCUUGAUGUGGGCAGGGACACAAUUCGGGUGGCCGUGGCUCUGUACAGCGCGGACCCCGAGGUUCAGUUCUUUCUAAAUACCUAUGAGAACAAAGCCGCUGUCCUGGAUGCAGUGAAGGCCAUUCAGUUCACAGGCAACAAUGAGGCUAACCUUGGAGCCGCCUUGGAGAAAGUCGCUGAGAGCCUGUUGAGUCCGGCAUCAGGGGGCAGGGCAGAGGAGGGGGUGCCCCAAGCUCUGGUGGUUAUCAGUGCUGGACCGUCCAAUGACGAUUUCAGUGCGGGUGACCGGGCUCUUAAGGCAGCAAGCGUUAUCACGUUUGGCGUAGUGGUCGGCGGCACGGCCACCGCCGAGCUGGAGACUAUCGCCACAGACAAGAGCUUUGUUCUAUCGGCCCCCGAUUUCAGGGCAGUGGCAAGCAUGGGUGACCAGCUGCUACCAUACAUUAACGGGGUGGCCCAGGGUACCAUUGUCGUUCUGAAUGAAUUCACAGAAGCCUUGGAAGUGGGAAAAAGGGACAUCAUUUUUCUCAUUGACAGCACUAUGGGUGCCACAACGAUCAACUCUCUUCGAGAGUUUAUCAAAAGGUUUGUUGACACCAUGCCAAUCGGACCGGACCAGGUGCAAGUAGGUGUGGCCCAGUUCAGCAACGCUGCCAGACUGGAGAUAGACCUGAACUCAUAUGGAUCCAAGGAGGACCUGAAUGCGGCUCUGGGAAGACUCAAGCCAAGACCGGGACAAGUGGUGAACAUCGGGGUGGCCCUGGACUUUGUGAGGACCAACAUGCUGAGGGCUGAAAAGGGGAGUCGUAUUCAGCAGGGUGUGCCCCAGCUGGUGCUGUUGAUGACCAGUAAAAAGUCCAGUGACAGUGUGGGGCAGGCUGCUGAGGCACUGCAGCGCAUGGGGGUUCUGACCCUGGCCGCUGGCUCUAAGACUGCCGAUGAGCAGGAGCUGAAGCAGAUUGCCAUUGAUGAGAAUUUGGUGUUCAUGCUGAAGGACUUCCGCAUAUUGCUUCGCAACCCAAGGAUGAUUGUCUCUCUCCUCUCCACUCUAUCUGGGGUUGUGGUGACUGAGGAACCCACAGAGCCAGUGGUUGAUAUUACAACAGUGCAGACCCAGCGAGUAGUCAGAGACAUCGUCUUUAUGGUGGAUGGCUCUAGCUACAUUGGGGGUGCCAAUCUUCCAUAUGUGCGGGAUUUCAUUGUCGGCGUGGUAAACCUGCUGGACGUGCGGCCCGACAGGGUGCGCAUUGGGCUUAUGCAGUUUGCAGAGAACCCAAAGAUCGAAUUCUACCUGAACACACACAAAACAAAGCAAGAUGUGCUGGCUAGAGUUGAUCAGCUCAGGCUAAUGGAAGGAUCUGCUUUGAACACUGGAGCGGCUAUGGAUUAUGCCCUCACCAACAUGUUCCAGGCCUCGACUGGGUCACGUAAGAGGCAGGGUGUCCAACAGGUUCUUCUCCUGAUCACUGGUGGGCCAUCCCAGGAUGAGGUUAAGAAGAUUGCAGACAAAGUGGCUGUGGCGGGUGUACUGACCUUCACAGUCAGUGCCGGCCAGGCAGAUGAGGCCUACUUGAAGACGGUCGCUUUCGUCCCAAACUUGGCUUACCAUGAAAGCAGAUUUUCUAGCCUACCAAGUGUUGUUGAACAGAUCAUGACUCCUUUGAUUACUGUGGUCGGCGACACCGACAUCUCAGUAACAGACAUCGAAAUAACCAAGGAACCUGCAGUUGUUGGAGGUGAGAGGGAUGUUGCAUUCCUGAUUGAUGGCUCGGAUAAUGUCCGAGCAGAUUUCCCCUACAUCCGGGACUUUAUCAUCAAAGUCAUUGAGCCUCUUGAUAUUGGACAAGAUAGAGUACGGAUUUCAGUUGUCCAACAUAGUGAGAGGCCAGCUCCCAACUUCUACCUGAAUACAUAUAAGAAUAAGGCUGAAGUGUUAAGGGCUGUUAAUGAUCUAAGACUGGCCGGCGGAAGGAGUCUAAACACCGGAAUGGCCUUGAAAUUAAUGAAGGACACUAUCCUGUCCCCGGUUCAUGGUAGCCGUGCGGCCCAAAAUGUCCCCCAGUUUUUGAUAGUUUUGACUGGAGGCAAGUCAAAGGAUAGUGUGAAGGAAUCUGCUAGCGCUUUAAAGACCGAUGGAGUGGUACUGUUUGGCGUUGGUGUCAAGGAUGCAGACCCUAAGCAAAUCGAGGCCAUAUCUCACAACCCAUCCUUUGCUUUCAAUGUGAAGGAAUUCAGCCAGCUCAAUAUGGUACAACAAAGGCUCAAUAGCUAUGUGAGCCUUCCAAAGGAAGAGCUGAAGGUCAUUCUGGACCAAGCCUCCUCUGGCAGUAGACGACUGGAAGGUGUGCCCCAGAUUCUGAUCCUUUUGACUAGCAAGAAAUCCAGAGAUGAUGUUAAGGGUCCUGCUGUAGCUCUUAAAGAUCUGGAAAUUGUGUCAUUGGGGGUCGGAGUUGGGGACGCCAAUGUCCGUGAAUUGGAAAUGAUUUCCUUCCAACCUGGUUUCACAUACCAGGUCACCGAGUUCUCUGAGCUGCCCACAAUCCAGCCACAGCUUGUUGCUGCGCUUAAAAGCCUGUCGAAAGACACCGAAGAAUCAGUAGCUCCUGGGAUUCCUGAUGUGACACCUGGGAUUCCUGAUUUAGUAGGUUGA